AUGGCUUCACUUGGAAAAGGAUUUGAAGACCAAUUCAAACACCACUUUGUUAAGAAUACUAAACCUGGAGUACCUAGAAUAUGGGUUGAUGGUUGCUUUGAUAUGUUUCACUGGGGACAUGCCAAUGUCAUAAGACAAGCUGCUGCUGCAUUUGAUUAUAAGUGUUGUUUGUGUGUUGGGCUUCAUAGUGAUAAAACUAUCACAACACAAAAAGCUAAGCCUGUGAUGAAUGAAGAAGAAAGAACUGCUGCAGUAUUAGCAUGUGAAUGGGUUGAUGAAGUAGUAGAUGGAAUUGUUUGGUGGUGUACUCCAUAUAAUUUUGUUAAAUCAUUUAAUAUUGAUUAUGUAGUACAUGGAGAUGACAUUGUUUGUGAUGCAGUUACUGGAAAGAAUUGUUAUUGGGAAAUUCAAGAACAUGGAAUGCUUAAGUUAGUUCCAAGAACUGAAGGAGUUUCUACAACUGAUCUAAUUUACAGAAUGCUUAAUCCAACUUCACAAGACCAUUGGACUGGAUAUAGACAUUCAAUCCUUUCUAUUGAUAAGAUAAGAUUAUUUAGUGAACAAAAGAGGUCACCAAAAAAAGGUGAUACAAUUGUAUAUCUUGAUGGUGUUUUUGAUUUACUUCAUAUUGGGCAUUAUAAAUUAUUAAAACAUGCAAAAGAAAUAGGAAGUUAUGUUAUUGUUGGAGUUUAUGAUGAUGUAAUUGCUAACAAGAAGUUAGGAAUUAAUUAUCCAAUUUGUAAUAUUGGUGAAAGAGUUAUGAGUUUGUUAGCAUGUGGUUAUGUCGACAAUGUUGUUAUUGGAGCUCCAGAAGGAAUUACGAAAGAGAUGAUUGAAAAGAUGCAUAUCAAUAAAGUGUUACAUGGUAAACAUGAGUAUAAUGAAUUAUUAUAUAAAGAUGCCAUUGAAAUGAAUAUAAUGGAUGUUUAUAACUCCGAUUCUACUGUUACAGCAUUAGAUAUCAUAAAUAGAAUUAAAGCUAUGCAUGAUACUUAUGAAGAGAGAAAUAGUAAGAAACAACGAUAA